AUGAUGCUGAAUAACGCCACGGACCUGAACGACCUGCGAAUUCCUCCGGGGAACCGGCUUGAGGCCCUUUCGGGCGACCGUGAAGGACAGCACAGCAUUCGCGUCAACGACCAAUGGCGCAUCUGCUUCAUUUGGGACAGCGGCGAAGCCUACCAGGUGGAGAUCGUGGACUAUCAUUGA